AUGUGUAAUAUGCUGAAAGACAGACCUUUGAAUACUGUGGGGACAGUGACGAAACGGCGUUGUAGCGUGGCUGGGUCAGAACCAAUGUCAAAGAAGCGGUUGCUGAACUGUGAUGCGACGAUGCCGGCGACACCGCCAGCGACGCCUCCGGCGUCGCCGGCGAAAAUGCCUAUGGACCCGGUGAAGACGCAAGUAAGAGAACCAGUGACGGCAUUGCGUGGGAAGGGCCAGAGACUUGUAUUUGGUCGCGACGCGACAGUGUCACGGACAAAAGCCGCGUUACAACGGUGUUCGGACUUGGAAACACACCAAGAAGCGUGUCUUCCCACGCGUCAGUCACAAUACGACGAAGUCAUGCGGUUUCUGCAGGACACAGUCGAGUCUCGUCAUGGGAACUCGCUGUACGUGACGGGGCCACCUGGAACGGGCAAGACUGCACAAUUGGAUCUGAUAUUCCGUGAAAAAUUCCAUGCGAUACCGCUGACACAACGGCAUCAACAGCAUCCGGACUCGAAUCUGCGUAAUACUGCGUUUUUCGAAGUCUCCAAGGGUCAAUAUGCACCUGUGGCCGUGGUCAGCAUCAAUUGCAUUGCGCUGAGCAACGCAGAAUCCAUUUUUGCCAAAAUCUGUCAGUCGUUUUCGGACAGCAGUUGUGACUCAGUCCGCAGUGCGGAUCAAUUGUCACAAUUCAUGCAACGGUACCCCAACACCACCUUCAUCGUGGUACUCGAUGAGCUCGACAAAUUGGUCACUUCCAAAGCCCAGGAUGCCUCUGCGACCAAGAUCAUUUUCGAUCUAUUCCUAUUGGCAAAACGUCGCGACACGAGACUCGCACUUGUCGGCAUUGCCAACAGUUUGGACAUGAAAGACCGGUUUCUAGCACGUCUGAAUCUACAGCAAGAACUUUUGCCCAAGACCGUCGUUUUCGCACCUUAUACUGCCGACGAAAUGUACGAAAUCGUUAUGCACAAGGUCUCAACUAUCGGUGAACAACCUCUUUUCCAGCCCGUUGCGAUCAAGUUCGCAGCGAAAAAGUGUUCUGGUAACACGGGUGAUUUGAGACGCCUUUUCGACGUUCUAAGGUCUAGCGUCGAACUGCUGGAACUGGACUGCAUUAAAACCAAUAGACAAAACUCCGAAUAUGAUGACGGCACGGUGGCAUCACCACCCAAAGUGACGCUCGCUCACGUUGCCAAAGUUUUUUCCACCGUAAUGAACAGCACUUCCACCAAGGCUAGACUCGCAAGGCUCAACAUGCAACAGCGGUUGGUGCUCUGUUCUUUGGUUCACAGAGAAAAAUACGAUAUCUUCGAGACCCAAUGUUCUCUUGACGAUGCCUACAGUUACUAUGCUAAACUACUUCAACAGAGGGAUUCCAUAUCUCCUCUCCAGCGUAAUGAGUUUUUGGAAAUCUGUAGUGCACUUGAAAGCUGUGGUGUCGUCACUAUGGCUUCUGGGAGAUCUAGUGGCAAAACGAAACAAGUCGUCAAACUUAUAAAAUCGAACGUCGACGAAAUGGAAUUUAGCAGCGAAAUCGGGAAACAAACGCUGCUCAAAAACCUUAUUUAA